AUGAGAAACCAAAGAGAAGACAAAUCAAGAGACAAAGACAACAACACCAACAAGAGAGCGCAAGAGCUUCCAGUCAAAGAAUAUUCGCAUCUCUUCACAGUUGCUCCGCUCACCGCCCGCGGAGCCCCUACGUCUGGCGUAUUUGGCAUCAACAAGGUCACCUCCACGGUUUCUAUGCCCAGCAUGGCUACUACCAAUGGGCAUCGCCCGCCAUUGAGUCCUGUGUCGCCUAUAGAGGCCUCCACACCCCCGGAUAUCUUCAAUGCCAGUUCCGUCGCCGAAAUCAAGGCCACGUUGUCCCACCUCCACACCCAGGAAGCCUCCGUAACAGCCCGCCUCGAUGCCCUGGUCACAUCGCAGAAAGAUCUCUCUCGGGAAUUGGGCCGGUUGGAUCUGAUGCGCGCUAAUAUCGGCACGCACGCCAGUACCACCCGGUCCAUUAGCCAUGGAAUGCUUUCCGAAGCUGCGGGCACCGCCGACCGCAUCUCUAGCGCUGUCCGACGAUUGGAUCUUGAACAAGCUCGAGUCAAGGCUACAUUGGAGGUUGUUGAGCAGGUUGCCGAGCUGAAGGCUUGUGCGCUUGGUGUGGCCGGGUCUAUGGGGGCACCCCAGGACUGGGAGAAAGCUGCCAGUUAUCUGCACCGAGCUGCGCAGAUUCCAGCUUCCGUUGUAAAUGGUGCUUUUGCUGCCGAGAUGGUCCCUACAGCUGAGGUGCCCGACCCACCGAGUGUUACGCUAGACAGUGCUGCCGAAUCGCUGUGUGGGUUAUUCCUGCGUGAGUUUGAAAAGGCUGUCAAGGAGAAUGACGGUGCCAAGAUCACUCGCUUCUUCAAGCUAUUCCCGCUUAUUGGCCGUUCAGAGGUGGGACUGGAUGUCUAUGGCCGCUAUGUCUGCCAGGGUGUGGCGGCGAAGGCUCGGACCAAUCUCAAUGGGGCUACUGGGGGUGUUCAGAACAAGGAUGGGUUCUUCUAUGCCAAUGCUUUCUCUCGAUUGUUUGAGCAUAUCGCUCAAAUUGUUGAAGGACACGGUGGGCUAGUUGAGCACCACUAUGGUCCGCAUAAGAUGGGCCGUGUCAUUGAACGGCUGCAGAUCGAAGCUGAUGUCCAGGGUGGUAUCAUCCUUGAUACUUGGGGUGAUGAACGCCAGGUCGACCGGAAGCUGAUGGAUAUCAAAUCCUACGCUUUUACUUUCUUGGUACAGAGCUUCUUGCCCGCGCAGAGACCUGGGCCCCCUCACUCAAGCUCACCGGCUCCGGUGACUGCUGCUGCGGAUGAAGAGGGAGUAGAUAUGAAAGAGAUUGACGGGGUCUUGAAUGAGAUGGGGGUCAUGUUGAGCCGCUGGUCAUUGUACAGCCGGUUCUUGGCAGAUAAGUGCAAUACUGCGGAUGUAGAAGAUGAAAAUGACGACAAAAGAUUCACUCUGCCUGACUUCUUACGAGAAUCCCCUCUGGCGCACAAGGUCAAUGACCGCCUGGUAGCGCCCUUCAAUGCGAUGACAACCUUCUUCUUCCGCCGGUCUGUCGAGAAGGCCUUUCAGCUGGACGAGUCACCUUCAGGUCUUACGCUGAACCUCCAGCGCCCCCUCAAGGCAAAUCCACCACAUAUCACCUCUGCCGUCGACGAUAUAAUGUACAUCGUCAACAAGGUCAUCCAGCAAUCAAUCUCCACCUCGCAAGAAGCAGUCGUGACAAAUGUCGUCCCAACCCUAUCCCGCGUUCUAGGCUCCGACUUCAUCGGUAUGACCCAGCGUAAGAUGCGCGAUGAAUGCUAUCCCCGAGCUCCAGCCCACGGUGGCAGUCCCCCGGAACAGAUUAUCGUCUUAUUCCUGGUCCAAAUCAACAACCUCGACCUGGGAGUCGAAUACAUCCGUCGCAUCGUGCAAAACAACACGGGCUCAAAACAACUCCCGGUCUACACGGACCUUGACACCAUCGAUAAAUCAACUCUCGCAACCGACCACCUUCUCUCAAUCUUCCCCUCCCGCUCCUGUGCAACCCGCGUCGCCGGAACCCUGCACUCCCUCGUUCAGUCUUUCGAAAGCAAAGUUACAGACCUCCUCAAUGACGGCAUUCAAGUCAUCUUCAACAAUGUCAUCAAGCCUCGCCUCCGCCCAAUUCUGGCAGAUGCCUUCCGCGACAUCGAAUAUCACCCAACCCCAGACAAUGAUCCGUCAUCCAAUACUCAUAUGGACGAUGAGUCCUCCUCCAAGGAAUUGGUCAAGCCGCGUUUCACAUCUUCCUGGUCUGAUCUUCUUGUCCCUCUAGCACGUAUCCUGACACCAACGGCCUUCGACCGCGUGUUAGCAGUCACAAUCGCCUAUCUAGCUCGCCUCCUGGAGAAGAGGCUAUACUCUUACCAUUCGAGGAUUAACCCCCUUGGAGCUGCGAGACUCGAGCGUGAUAUUGCCGGUCUGGUAAGUGCUGCUGUUGAUGUCGGGUAUGUUGCCGGUGCGCCCGGACGGUAUCGCCAUCGGGAGGCUUUUGCUCGUUGUUUGCAGAUGACGCUUAUAAUGAGUAUGGAUGAGGACGAGUGGGAUGAGGUUCUAAGGGGUGGUGAGGCUGCUGAGGUGGUUGAGAAGCUUGGGAUUGAAGAGAGGAUUAGGGUGAGAGGAAUGGUUAGGAGGUGA